AGAGCGCUGUUAUAUUGUAUUAUUUUGAAAGGUCCGGGUUGUAGUGUGGUAGGAGCGCGUUGUUUUUGUGUGUGUGUGUGUGUUGUAUUUGUGAAGCGGCGUGUCUGUGUCAGCGCGUUUGUUUUUCUUCUCAUCCUCUCAUUCACAGUCUGUGUGUUUCAGGGCUGACAGCUUCGCGGGUUUCCAGACAGAUUCUCAUUGUUCUGAAAGCGUCUCGCGGGUAAAUACGGGUUUCGUUCUGUUACCCGGAGCGCGCGCCGGCUGCUCGUGGCUGCUGUCUUUCUGACGUCACACGCAGCUUGUAGAGAAGCGCGUCUCCAAACCUCGCAGCGCAGCUCAGUGACGCGCUUGAAAACGCGACACAGCAUUCCCUAAUAACACUUGCCAUGCAUUAUGACUUCAAAGACAUCACUAAGGCGAUGACCUUAUUAUUUAAUGAUUUUAUUUUGUUUUAUUUUACUUUAUUAUUUAUUUGAUCACCAAUUGCCAUGACAACACACUGUUUAUGCAUGUAGUACUUAUUUUAAGGUAAUAAAUAAACACAAUUCUCUAGGGAUUUAUUUAUUUUUAAUUCUUAUUACUCUCUUACAUCUCAUUACAUUAUGUAUGUGUGUGGAGAUUAGAUAAAGGGCUAUUUGGAAGAGAAAAUAGGAGGCACUUUUUUACACAGAGAAUUGUGAGAGUCUGGAGCCAACUCCCCAGUAACAUUGUUGACGCGACACCCUGGGAUCCUUCAAGAAACAGAUUCUAAUAAUAAUAAUACUAACAAUCUUUAGUUUUAUAUAGCGCCUUUCAUAGUGGACCACCAUCACAAAGUGGUGUGUGAGCGAUGCAUCAGCUGCAGAGUCACUUACAACAACGUCUCACCUGAAAGACGGAGCACAAGGAGGUGAAGUGACUUGCUCAGGGUCACACAAUGAGUCAGUGGCUGAGCUGGGAUUUGAACCGGGGACCUCCUGGUUACAAGCCUGUUUAUUUAACCACUGGACCACUCAGCCUCCUAAAAGGAACAAUAAGCUACUAACAACCAGCUGCUACUAAGCAGAAUCCCGUGUGCUGCCAUGGACAGUGUGGAGAUGGAAUCUGUCCAGAUUAAAGAGGAGUUCUCUGAACCUGAACUUGUCCCCUUUAGAGCGGAGGUCUCUGGGCUGGCUUCCCUCCCCAUUAAACAGGAGCUCUGUGAGAUGCAAUGUGACAGCAGUCAGCCACAGGUCUCUGAGAUUAAAGCUGAGCACAGUGAAUUGGAGAUCCCCCAGACAGAAGAACCCCUUCCUGUGAAACAAGAAGAGGUGCUGGAAAUUAACCAUAUUAAACAGGAGCCCCCUGAAGUAGAGUUUGCCCACAUGGAACCAGGGAAGGAAGAAUCCGAGGACUUCAAACCAAACAUCCCUGAGCUGGAGAGAAUCUGUGUGAGAGCGCAAGGCGCUGGAAAGGAAGGCUCUCCCAACAGCAUGCAAGGAGGUGGAAAGGAAGACGAGCAGUCACAUUCAGAAUGCAUUCUAGCAGGUUCCAGUCCAGCAGCUAAAGCAAGGGCAGGCGGUGGAGAAUAUCCUGACUGUGGGAAAGGUUUCAUGCAGACAAGGCAUUUAAACAAAACCCAACGAACUCACACAGGCGAGAAACCGUAUCACUGCUCUGACUGUGGGAAGAGUUUCAAUCAUUUUAGAAACCUAAAACAACACCAGCGAAUUCACACAGGAGAGAAACCGUAUCACUGCUUUGACUGUGGGAAGAGUUUCAGUCAGUUAAACAGCCUUGUUUUACACGAGCGAACUCACACAGGAGAGAAACCGUAUCACUGCUCUGACUGUGGGAAGAGUUUCAGUCAGUCAAACAGCCUUGUUUUACACCAGCGAACUCACACAGGAGAGAAACCGUAUCACUGCUCGGACUGUGGGAAGAGUUUCAGUCGGUCAGACAGCCUUGUUUCACACCAGCGAACUCACACAGGAGAGAAACCGUAUCAUUGCUCUGACUGUGGGAAGAAUUUCAGUCGGUCAGACAGCCUUGUUUCACACCAACGAACUCACACAGGAGAGAAACCGUAUCGCUGCUCUGACUGUGGGAAGAGUUUCAGACAGUUAGGAAGCCUAAAAGAACACCAGCGAGUUCACACAGGAGAGAAACCGUAUCACUGUUCUGACUGUGGGAAGAGUUUCAGUCAGUUAGGAAGCCUAAAAGGACACCAACGAACUCACACAGGAAAGAAACCGUAUCACUGCUCUGACUGUGGGAAGAGUUUCAGUCAGUUAGGAAGCCUAAAAGGACACCAGCGAACUCACGCAGGAGAGAAACCAUAUCACUGUUCUGACUGUGGGAAGAGUUUCAGUUGGUCAGACAGCCUUGUUCCACACCAGCGAACUCACACAGGAGAGAAACCAUAUCACUGCUCGGACUGUGGGAAGAGUUUCAGUCGGUCAGACCACCUUGUUUCACACCAGCGAACUCACACAGGAGAGAAACCGUAUCACUGUUCUGACUGUGGGAAGAAUUUCAGUCGGUCAGACAGCCUUGUUUCACACCAGCGAACUCACACAGGAGAGAAACCGUAUCACUGUUUUGACUGUGGGAAGAGUUUCAGACAGUCAAAGAGCCUUGUUUCACACCAGCGAACUCACACAGGAGAGAAACCGUAUCACUGCUCGGACUGUGGGAAGAGUUUCAGUCAGUUAGGAAGCCUAAAAGGACACCAGCGAACUCACACAGGAGAGAAACCGUAUCACUGUUUUGACUGUGGGAAGAGUUUCAGUCGGUCAGACAGCCUUGUUUCACACCAGCGAACUCACACAGGAGAUAAACCGUAUCACUGCUCUUGCUGUGGGAAGAGAUUCAGUCAUUUAGGAAGCCUAAAAAAACACCAGCGAGUUCACACAGGAGAGAAACUGUGUUGCUGCUCUGACUGUAGGAAGAGUUUCCGUCUUAAACAAGCCGUUCAAAAACACCAGUGAAUUCACAGAGGAGAGAAACCUUAAAGACUGUUUUGUGUAUCACUCUUAACCCUUUGCGGUCCAUUUUUUCAGCAUGUAUGUUUUAUGUAUCACUCUUAAGAGCAUGCAUUUUAAAUUAUAAAAAUGCAAAUCCACUCUCUUGCUCUCUCUCAAAGUGGGCCGAGACGCAGACACGUCACAAGAGGCUUCUCUGCUGUCAGUUUAACUCAGGCUGUCAAUGCAGUCAGUGCCUGGGAGUGGGAAUAUGCAGAAAGGAAACUAUUCCACACCUCAUCUGAUGGACGAGUCAGGAGAAAUCAAUAACUCAGUGUGGAAUUGAGUUUCAGGAUUUAACAUUUAAACUUCAUUAACUUGAAAAUAAAUAAAUUGACGGGAAUGAGUAUCCAGACCCCUGAUGUAGCAUCCCGGAGACGAGACUGCAGCGUCCUUACUGGGCAACCGCCUGGAGGAUGUGUCUUGUAAAGUCAUCACGAUUCAAAAACGAAUGAAAACUGAUAGUGUUGCAUGACCCUAUUAUGACAUGAAUGAGUGAAUAUUGCGUGACGUGUCGCUUUGCAGUGUGCAUUGUCCAUGCUUGUGUUUGUGUUGCUUUUGUAAAGUGCCCCGAGUAAUAGCAGUGCAGCAGGCAUGUGUACGGAUCUUGGGUACAGAAAGUCAUAGCGGUUUCAUCCCUUGUUCUUUCUUGCUCUUUUGCAAUAUCUUGCACUUGGUAUCAAAUUCCCAAUGAAAAUGUAGCUGAGCUAUGACUAUUAAUCAGGGUUCGUACGCUAGUCUGGAAGUCUGGAAAAAGUAUGGAAAAAUGCGAAACUGAUUUCCAGGGCUUGAAAAUGCUUGAAAAACCACGUCUCCGUUAUGAAAGUCUUGAAAAAGUCUGGAAUUUUACUAGCAUCACGGGAAAAUUAAAAUGAUUCUGCGAUUACUUUUUAUUACUAAUAAUUGAUCUCUAAAGCGGGUCAGCAGCUCUAGCAGCAACUGUCUAGACAAUUUACUAGUAGCAGCUAUGUUGCUUGUGACCAAAUCCCGCGAGGAUUGCCCCGUGUAUCACCCCUGACAACGUCCUCACAACUCAAAAGCAAUCCUAUCCAGUCAGCGCACUGGUAUAUGUCACAUGACUGUCUGCUCCAGUGAAACGAAGGGUAAAAUGGACUCUACGACAGCCAAGGCUAUGAUUUUUUAAACAGUUACAGACUGGAAUUACAAGCUACUGUACUCUGCUCACCGAGACUCACAUUGUGUUAUCUUGUUGUUACCUUUAUUAAAUCGUUAUCGUUAUUUCCCAACCCAGGAAAAAAAAAAUCGAAUACGAUAGUUGGGGUGUAUUCACACUGGGUUCAUUUCAAACAUCCUCAGUCCGGUUUGUUUGCUUUGAAGCAGUGUAUCAAUGUGCUAGCUGUUCACACUUGCCUUGUAUACAAACGUACUGAGUUCGUUUGGAAAUUAACUGGGGCUCGUUUUCGUGGUUCACUUCCGUGUUUUCCCAGGACUCAGUUCACUUGUGUUCAUAUUGAAAUAAUCAGGGCAGCAGUGUGGAGUAGUGGUUAGGGCUCUGGACUUUUGACAGGAGGGUCGUGGGUUCAAUCCCAGGUGGGGGACACUGCUGCUGUACCCUUGAGCAAGGUACUUUACCUAGAUUGCUCCAGUAAAAACCCAACUGUAUAAAUGGGGAAUUGUAUGUAAAAAUAAUGUGUAAAAAAAAUAAUAAUAAUUGUAUGUAAAAAUAAUGUGAUAUCUUGUAACAAUUGUAAGUCGCCCUGGAUAAGAGUGUCUGCUAAGAAAUAAAUAAAUAAUAAUAAUAAU